AAACCAACAUUAUGGACCGCUGUAAUUGCACGGGGAAGUCCCUUGUUUCGUGCCAUUGGCUGGUUUUGUGGUGCGCUGUGCUGAUUUGCUGCAGAGAAAAGCUCAGCAUCGUCAAAGUCCGCUGACAGACCAUGGUCCGGCUCAGAGGAAGGAGGACACGGUGUCAUCUCCACUGUGGGGCUGUUGAAUGUACAGGGAUUAUUUCUGAACCAAAUGCAAAGAAGCAGUUAACAGGAUUCUGAACUUCGCUGCAGACAUUUACUCACAUGCAAUGCUGUGUUUAGGAGAUUCCGCUGACUGCCUCCGGGACCAAAUGCACUACAUGAUGAGAUCUUUUCAGGACCUAAAGCAGAUAAACAGGCCGAGGCCACUGAGUGAGCCAUGUGUUCGGUCCUUUGCUGUAACACGGCUCUGCAAACAGACCGCACAGCAGGAGAGACUCGCUCGUCUACGUGUUUCUGACGCCAGUGAAGCCAGCACAUAUGACUCUGCCUGCUGCCUGGCCAGCCCCUUGGAAGAGGAAGAAGACCAGCAGGUGCAUGAACGACUGGCACAGGGAUCCCCCAGCAGUGAGAAGAGUGUGGACUUUGACUCUGGUUACUCUGAGGCUUCUUGGCAAGAUGAAGGUGUGGUGCUGAGGAGGACCAGAAAUGUGCGAGUCUCCUCUUCUGCCUGCCUUCGCACAAACAGAGGACCUUCAGGUCGUAUUCGACCCAAAUCAACCUCAGACGCUUGUCUGGAGCACUGGACUUCAUUUGAGUCAAGUGACCCAGAGGACUGGGCAACCUCAUUACUGAGCCGCAGCAGGAACAGACAGCCACUGGUUCUGGGGGACAACAGCUUUGCUGACCUAAUAAAGAACUGGAUGGACCUACCAGAGUGUCCCGAGCCAGCGGAACUGAAGCCCAGUGCAGGCCGGCGCCUUGCCAAAGACAUUUUGGUCAACAUGCGCAAGAGAUUGGCAGGGAUGUCUAAAAGUAUGGAGGUGAGGCCACAGCCAACAUGUGCCACGAGGGUCAGCAGGGCUGCAGAGGCUCCCAAACGAAUGUCUUGUCCUGUGGGACUCCAGGCUCUAAAACCUUUCUUUCACCAGUCCCACACAGGCUUGCAUCAACUGGACACUGACUUCUAUCAGUUCACCGCUCUCAUGAAGACUGGCAGCCGACAACCCAUCAUAUGUAAUGACAUUAUUGGAUACAUUUGAGUGAGGCUGUAACUAUGGACUGACACUUCAACACAAGCUAAAAUAAGAUGAUCCUAUUUUCAUAAUUUGAUGUUGUGCAUAAUGUUGAUAAAUCUGGAAUAAAGGGGUUUUUUUUGUAUUUAAGGAAAAUGUGU